AUGGAUAAAUCUUGGAUGCACAAGAGUAGAUUGUCUAAAGAUUAUGAGUUGGGUGUGGAAAACUUCAUCAAAUUUGGAUUUUCUAAUACAACUAGCUCCUAUAUUUGUUGUCCUUGUUUGAAAUGUGGGAAUUGUGAAAAACAUAGUAGAAAGGGUGUUAGAGAUCACUUGUAUGUUAAUAUGUUUGACAUUCAUACAUGUGAAGAUGAUGAUGUUGGACGUGUAAAAGAAAUUAUUGAAGUUGCUAAUGAGGAAUAUUCAAAAGACCCAACUGGAUUUGAGAAGUUGCUUAUUGAUGCUGAAAAACCAUUGUACGAAGAAUGCAAAAAGUACACAAAGUUGUCUACUCUAGUCAAAUUGUAUAAUUUAAAAGUUAGGUAUGGAUGGAGUGAUACUAGUUUUUCAGAAUUACUUGAAACUUUGAAGGAAAUUCUGCCUACUACCAAUAAGCUCCCGAAUUCAUUAAAAGAAUUUGCUAAUGCAAUUGAAUGUCCUGAAUGUGGUCAAUCAAGGUGGAAAAACGUCAAGGAUACAAAUGAAAGGAGAAAGCAAAUUCCCUCUAAAGUGAUAUGGUACUUUCCAAUCAUUCCACGAUUUAAAAAGCUAUUCAGAAGCAUUGAAUGUGCUGAAAACUUGACUUGGCAUUCUACUAAAAGAAUUAAUGAUGGUAAGUUACGACAUUCAGUAGACUCUCCAGCAUGGAAGUUAGUAGACAUGAAAUGGCCAGACUUCGGUUCUGAACCCAGAAAUCUUCAUUUAGCAUUGUCAGCCGAUGGAGUAAAUCCUCAUGGUGACAUGAGUUCGAAAUACAGUUGUUGGCCGGUAGUGAUGGUUAUUUACAAUCUUCCACCAUGGUUGUGUAUGAAAAGAAAGUACAUGAUGCUAUCAAUGCUAAUUUCAGAACCAAAACAACCAGGGGAUGACAUAGGCAUAUACUUAGCACCACUAAUUGAAGAUUUAAAACUUUUAUGGGAAAGUGGUGUUGAAUGUUAUGAUGCUUAUCGAGAAGAACCAUUCAACUUAAGGUCAGUUUUGUUGUGGACAAUCAAUGAUUUUCCUGCAUAUGGUAACCUUAGUGGAUGUUGUGUGAAAGGGUAUAAAGCAUGCCCAAUUUGUGGAGAUAAUACAAAUUCUAUAAGGUUAAAGUAUGGGAAGAAAAUGGCAUACCUUGGACAUCGUAGAUUUUUGGCACGAAAUCAUCUGUAUCGACGACAAAAGAAGUCAUUCAAUGGUAAAAAAGAACUUGAUACAAUUCCAGAGCCACUUUAUGGGGAGGAUGUGUAUUUAAAAUUGAAAGAUCUUGAAUUUUCUAGAGGGAAGAAGAACCAUAAGAAACAGUUGAUGAACAGAAGUACGCUUCUUGAUAUUCCUGGGAAAAGUAAGGAUGGAUUGAAUGCUAGACGCGAUUUAGUUGAUCUAAAACUUCGACCAGAGCUUGCCCCUAUCAGCAGUGAAAAGAAAAUAUUCAUUCCGCCCGCGUGUUAUACUCUUACAAAGGAUGAAAAACGAUGUGUUUUGAAGACUUUGUCUGAAAUAAAGGUUCCUGAAGGUUACUCUUCCAAUAUUAGAAACCUUGUGUCAAUGACAGAUUUAAAACUUAAUAGUUUAAAAUCUCAUGAUUGUCAUGUGCUCAUACAACAGUUGUUUCCCAUUGCGAUAAGAUCAGUGCUACCGAAACAUGUUCGUUAUGCUAUAACUAGGUUGUGCGUCUUUUUCAAUUAUGUAUGCAACAAGGUAUUAGACGUACAACAACUAGACAAGUUGGAAGAAGAUAUUGUGGUAACAUUGUGUUUGUUUGAAAAGUAUUUUCCCCCUUCAUUCUUCACAAUCAUGAUUCAUCUCACAGUACACAUAGUUAGAGAAGUCAAACUUUGUGGCCCUAUAUAUCUUCGAUGGAUGUAUCCCUUUGAAAGAUUCAUGAAGGUCAUUAAAAACUCUGUGAGGAAUAGAUAUCGUCCAGAAGGUUGUAUUGCUGAAAGUUAUUUAAUAGAAGAAGCUGUUGAAUUUUGUACUGAUUUCUUAUCUGGAGUAGAUCCCAUUGGACUUGGGACUCGCAAGUCACAAGACCAUUUAGAUACUUCAAACAUUGGUAGACCAUUGUCCAUGGGAGUUCCUUUCAAACCUCAACAAGAACUUCUACAUCAAGCUCAUCAAUAUGUUUUGGAAAAUACAGUCGAUGUCCAACCAUAUACAGAGUAA